UAUACAGAGCCAGUAAUACUUCUACUUCAACUUCCAAACGCCGGACGAAAUUUUGUCUGAAAUUUUCAAUUUUUCUCCAUAAAUUUAAAUCCUUUAUCAUUUAAUACAUUUUCAUAUAAAUAUUCGUAAACAUGUCGAUAAAAUAUAUACACUAAGUAUAGAGAUCAAUCGUAUUCAAAACACAGUUUUUUUAAGAAAAGUUUUACUCUUUGAUCUUGUUUUAAGAAAAUAAGAGACAUGACUAACACUGCCCAGAAAACUCCCAUCAGUCUUCUUCAAGAAUUAUGUGCACAGAAAGGAAUGACACCAGACUAUAAACUCAUGUCUGUUGAAGGGGCAGUUCAUGCACCUACUUUUAUGUACAGGGUUAGUGUCAAUGAGAUAAUUGCAUCUGCCACUGGACAAAGCAAAAAGAAGGCAAAGCAUGCUGCUGCAAAAGCUGUUCUUGAAAAGCUGCUUUCAGAAGAAGGUGGUUUUAAAGAAGGUUUUGUUUCUGAUAAUGUGACUGUUAAUGCAGAAUCUUUGAAUGAAAUUAUUUCGGAACCACUAGCUGUCCCCAUUGCUGAAGAAAACGCUGCCGAUAAUCCUGUAGGAGCAUUACAGGAGCUUUGCAUGAAACAAAGGUGGCAACCACCUUAUUAUGAGACUGAAAAAGCUACUGGACUUCCUCAUGAGAAAGUAUUUUCUAUUCUCUGUAUGGUUGACAAAUUCACAACUUCUGGUGAAGGAAAGAGUAAGCGGCUUGCAAAAAGACAAGCGGCUGAUAAUAUGCUGAAAAGAUUGACUGAAUUGAAAGUCAUUUCUCCUGAUGAAGAAGAAGCUGUAAAGAAGUUUGAAGAAUUAAAAAUAUAUGAAAAAGAAGAUCCAGAUAGCUGCCAAACAAAUCUGCAGAAGACCUACUCCAAAAAUGUUUUAAAAUUCCUGAAAGAUUUGAAAACUUCAAACAGUUCUUUCCUUCUUGCUUUACAAGAUAUUGAUCUCCUAGAUCCAAAUUUGGAUUGCACUAAAUUGUUACAGAAUAUUGCUGCAGAGCAAAACUUUGAUGUUCACUAUAUUCCUAUAGAACAACAAGGCAAAAAUGGUGAUUUUCAUUGCUUAGUACAGAUUACAUCCUUGCCAGUUGCUGUCUGUUUUGGCACAGCAGCUACCAAAGAAGAUGCAAAAGUUAAUUCUGCUCGCAAUGCCCUGAAUUUUAUUCAACUGAUGUGCAAAAAAUGAUUUUAUGGAUUAAAUCGGAACUU